ACGCACAUGACCCGUGCAAGCCACAUGGUGUCAGAAGUGGUCGGACCGCAGCCGAUACACGCAGCCGGCGAACGAACAGCGGACGCGUAGCAAGCCAACAGGGGCGGCUCGAAGGUCCCAACCAGCUACAAGCAUGCAGAACGGGGAACAGCGCCAGCAGGCCAGCGGACCAGUCACCACGCUAUUGCCACCGCCGAAAGCCCUGGACACCACAGGAGACGUAUGGCGAAGCUGGAAGACAUGGCGGCAAGAGUUCGAGCUCUUCGCAACGGCAACAUACCUGAACCAGCAACCGAAAGAGGUACAGGCAGCCACCUUUCUUAUGAUUAUCGGAGAGGACGCACGCAAGACGUACAGCACUCUUGAUUUUGCAACUGACGAAGAGAAGUCGGACGUAGAAGUACUGAAAAUGAAGUUUGAGGCAUUUUACAAACCAGCUCUAAACUUAGCCUACCAUGAGUUCCGCUUUGGAAAGUGCGACCAAAAGGACGGUGAAAGUUUCAAUGACUGGCUGACAGACCUCAGAGUGCUAGCAAAAAGCUGCGAGUUUGGGCAGCUUGAAGAGCGUAUGCUGAGAAGCCGUAUUAUUCUCGGAAUUAGAGAUAAAAAGCUGCAAGAAAAGCUAAUCUCCGAAAAUGCUUCUUUCACGAAGACCGUAGAAAUGUGUCGCUCUCGUGAACAUGGCAAAGAACAGUGUGAAGAGAUACAGGCGCGCCCGAAAAGCGAUUACGCAGCCGAGAUGAACGCGCUAUCUGAAGCGAAAGGUCAGCGUUGUACAAAGUGCGCAAAGGUUCAUCAGACCGACCGUGUGUGCCCAGCAAAGGGACGCACGUGCAGGAAAUGCGGUGGCAGAAAUCACUUUGCGAUAGCCUGCAAGAAGAUGCAAAAAAGAUUUCAUUCGAAAGAGCACGCAGUAGCAUCUGUCGAUGCAGAAGAAGGCGAUUUCUGGUUAGAAACGCUAUCGCAUGCCCGUGGGAAAGACGACCGCUGGACGGCUACCGUUGAGAUAGAAGGAAAGCCUAUUUUUUGCAAGCUAGACACAGGCGCAACAUGCUCGGUUAUAGCACGCAGCCAGCUGCAGAAAAUAACAAACAAGCAGCCACUUGAUUGCAACGUUGUUUUAAACACAUUUUUUGGCUUCCAGAAAAAAGCGACGAAACAAGUUCGUCUUGAAGUGGCAACGAGAGAAAGCAAGAUUCUGACAGAGUUUUUCGUCGUGGAUGACGAAAUCGCCGUGACCUUGAGCGGUACAGUUGCCGAAGAGCUUGGCUUGCUCCAACGUGUCUGCUCUGUCGACCAAAUAGAGCUUUACGGCACUGCCAAGCCUUACGAAGACGUGUUUGAAGGUCUGGGUCAACUGGAGGGUAUUGUCUACCAUCUAAAGCUCAAGCCCGGGUCCCAGGGAGUAGUGAAACCAGCACGGCGGAUUCCAAUAGCAUUGCAAAGCAAGGUGAAAGCUGAGCUCGACCGCAUGGAGACUGCUGGAGUCAUCGUGAAAGUGACCGAGCCGACAGAGUGGGCCAGCAACAUGGUCGUUGUUACAAAAGGAGAGAAGGAGUCCGUCCGGUACUUGGGACACAUUUUGACGCGCGACGGCCUGAGCCUGGAUCCACAGCGGCUAGAAGACAUCUUGCAAGUCCAGACGCCAAGCAACCAGAAAGAGCUGCAGACGUUCCUGGGCAUGGUAAAUUUUGUCUCUCGCUUUAUUCCGAAUAUGUCGGACCUAACAGCACCACUUCGAGAAUUACUAAAGAAGAAUGUCGCGUGGCUUUGGGAGGACCGCCAAGAUGCAAGCUUCAAGGCUCUGAAGGAAGCGCUUGCGACAGCCCCUGUACUAAGCUACUACGAGAAGGGGAAACCAAUCAGGCUGUCGGUAGAUGCCAGUCAGAACGGAGUUGGCGCAGUGAUCAUACAGGACGGGCAUCCACUAGCGUAUUCGUCGCGUUCCUUGACAGAAACACAGCAAAGGUAUGCCCAGAUCGAAAAGGAGAUGCUGGCAAUUGUCCACGGCUGUGAAAGAUUCCGCGACUAUCUUUUCGGGCAGCCUGAAGUUGUGGUAGAAUCCGAUCACAAGCCACUAGAAAUUAUAUUUAAGAAGCCGUUAUGCCAAUGUCCUCUAAGGCUUCAGCGCAUGCGCCUCAGCUUGCAGAGGUACCCGAUAGUCGUCAAAUACACACCUGGAAAACAGCUGUUUGUUGCUGACGCUUUAUCACGGUCCCCGAGCCAAGCAAUAUUGAAAGAACAGUGCCUGAAUUAUCAGUUGAACACCAUUGCUUGCCUGCAGGUUUCAGACAGACGGCUGAGCCAAGUUCUACAAGAGACCGACCAGGACCCUGUGAUGGUGAAACUUCGACAGUACGCAAGCAGUCAGUGGCCGGAGAGCAAAGCUGACGUCAGCAGCGAGCUACGAUGCUACUGGAGCUUCCGCGACGAGCUGCAUACGCAAGAUGGCCUUGUAUUCAGGAGCAACCGCCUCAUCAUUCCGGCCAAGAUGCGCAGCGAAGUUCUUGCCUGCCUUCAUGCAGCGCAUGGGGGAGCAGAAAAAAUGAAAGCACGUGCUCGAGCUGUACUUUUUUGGCCUUCUAUAAACAGCGAUCUAGAGGAAGUUGCUCGACGCUGUGAGACCUGCCAAAAGCACAAGCCACGAAAUCGGCGCUUGCCAUUGAUGAACCAUGAAAUUCCUAGCCUACCCUGGGAAGUUGUGGGAGCCGACAUAUGCUAUCACAAUGCUACCGAGUACUUGGUGGUUGUUGACUUUUAUUCUUUCUUUUUCGAAAUCAGGCCCGUGAAGACGACAGCCGACAAGGUGAUUGCUGCCUUCGCAGACAUAUUCGCCACUCAUGGCUUCCCGCAGCGCCUAUGCACGGACAAUGGACCGCCAUUCAGCAGCCAGGACUUUCGUGAAUUUGUCGGUAAGAUUAGCUUGCACCAUGUUCGCUCCAGCCCCUAUCACCCUCGAUCAAACGGAAUGGCUGAACGUGCGGUGCAAGAAGCCAAAAAAUUGCUGAAGAGGUAUCGGUACGGCACAGUGGAUUUUUGUGCUGCAUUGCUUGAAUGGAGAAACACUCCUCGCGAUUCCUAUUUGAAAUCUCCAAUGCAGAGACUCAUGGGCCGAAAUGCGAGGACGCUGCUGCCAGUCACGGAAACCCACCUGCGACCGCAGACCAUACCGCCAGAGGAGGUUCAACGGCGGCUCCACGUCAUCAGAAGUAGACAACGUUCCUUCUACAACAGGGGUACAAGGCCGCUACCAGGACUUCCUGAGGGCUCCCGCGUCACAGUGUACAACGUACCAUCAAAGACCUGGUCCCCUGCUACGGUUGUCAAGCCUGCCAACAGUCCGAGAGCCUACAUUGUUGAGACCGAAGAUGGACUCCAGUUGCAGCGCACCAGAGAACAUCUCCGUCUGGCCCCCACUCCACUGGUGCCCCCCACACAAGAACAUCAAGCUGACGUGGGCCCCGCCGAGCCACAACUACGCAGAAGCGAACGCAAUCGCCGGCCACCGCAAAGAUACCCCAUGCCGGAACUUUAGUCUUUUGUUUGUUUAAGAAGGGAGAUGUGACAGUCAUGCACACGUGCGCUAGAUUGGGGGCAACGCCCCUCGGCA